AUGUUGCUGCCAUGGGCGUCAAGCUUCGCUCUCUUGUUUGGCGCAAGUCUCGCCUCGACACCGGCGGCUCACGCCCGGGGUGAUGGAGAAGUCACAAGCGCCCGGCCCAAGGUCAUCCUUGACAACGACUGGACCACGACAGAGUUUAGCCCCUUCCUACAGGCGCUGCAGGCAGGCUGGGACGUUGUCGGCCUCAUCGGCAAUACCGCCAACUCGUGGGCCAAGCAGGCCACCCUCCACGCCUUGGCCACGCUUGAGAUUGGAAACUUGACAUGCAUCCCCGUGUACCGAGGCGCCGACUACCCUUUGCUGAACAACCCGGGGCUUGCUCGGGCCUGGGGCCUCAUUCACGGGAAUCUCCCAUACCAGGGGGCGUUUGCUCCUCAAAACGGCCCUUUGGAGCAAAAGGGCCACGACCCGAGCGGCGACGACCCCGAGAGGAUCUCCAGGGCUGCAUUGAUGGAGGGUUUCCCAAAUACGUCUCACGUCUUGGACGUCUGGGGCGCCGAGUUCCUUGUGCAGACGGUUCGCAAGUACCCCGGCGAGGUGACCAUCUUCAGUGCCGGGGCCCUGACCAACAUUGCCUUGGCCCACCGCAUCGACCCGACGUUUGCAAAGAACACCAAGGGGCUGUUCGUCAUGGGCGGGUACAUGGACGGCAACCUCGUGCAGGUGACGGGGAGCACAUACCUGGCCAGCCUGCAGUCCGACAUCAACCUCAAGAUCGAUCCCGAGGGCAGCAAGGUUGCGCUCAGCGCCCCGUUUCCGAGCAUCACGCUCAUUGGGAACGCGGCGAACCAGUUCAUCCCGUCUGAAGACUAUCUGAACGAGUUGGCCGAAGUCGAGAACCCGUAUACCAGGCUGAUGCACAGAUACUACGACCGCAGGUUCCCGUUCUGGGACGCAACAGCAGCAGCCGUGAUGCUGGACCCUGGCAUUGUCACAAACUCGACCGAGUUCUACGUCGACGUCGACACGAGCUACGCGUCGCCCAGCUACGGCACCAUCCACGCGUAUCAGGAGGCGCUCAAGCCCAAGGCGCAGACGCUGCAGAAAGUACGCAUGGUCGUGUCUGUGGAUGAGGAGAGGUUGAAGCAGCAGGUCAAAAUGGCCUUGCAGUUUCCCCCAACCUGCGCUGACCUGUGA